AUGAAGAAUAAAAAAUCGUUAGAUUUUGGAGAAUUCAAUCAACAAAUUAAUUAUCUACCUCAUUCAUUAGUGAAUUUGAAUUUUGGUGAGUUUUUUAAUAAACAAAUCAUCCCAAAUUCAUUACCAUCCAAUGUGGAAAAAAUUGUGUUCUCUCCAUUAUUUAAUCAAAAACUAUUGUUAAAUUCACUUCCUUUGAAACUGGUCCACUUGGAGUUUGGUAAUAAUUUUAACAAUCAAAUACCUGUUGACGUUUUACCGCAAUCUUUAAAAACUUUGAUUUUUGGAAAUAGAUUCAAUCAAAUAUUUUUACCUGGAUCCCUACCUUCUUCAAUUUUAAAAUUAAUUAUUGGAAACAAAGGGUCUACUACAGCUAGCCGCUUUAAUAAUCCCAUCAAUGAAAAUGUAUUGCCACAAACAUUAAAACAUUUUGAAUUAAAUUGUCCUCGUUAUUCUCACCCAACUAAUGAAUCAUUUUUACCAAGCUCAUUAAAAAUUUUUAUUGUUCCAGAUAAUAUCAUAAAAAAUGAUCUUGUUUUUUAA